AUGGUUAAAAUUGCAAUUAUCUAUUAUUCCAUGUAUGGACAUAUCGCUAAGAAUGCACAAGAAAUCUUAGCUGGUAUUAAAGAAGCUGGUGGGGAUGCCGAUGUAUUCCAAAUUUCAGAAACCUUACCAGGAGAAGUGUUGACCAAAAUGCACGCAGCUCCAAAAGAUUCAUCAAUUCCUGAAAUUAAAGCUUCCCAAUUACCUGAUUAUGAUGCAUUCUUAUUUGGAAUUCCAACCAGAUAUGGUAAUUUCCCAGCUCAAUGGAAAACUUUCUGGGACCAAACUGGAGGUUUAUGGGCAAGUGGUGCUUUACAUGGUAAACCUUUUGGAAUCUUUUUCAGUACUGGUACUCCAGGGGGUGGUCAAGAAGCUACAGCCAUGAAUGCUUUAUCAUCAUUUGUUCAUCAUGGUAUGAUUUUUGUUCCUUUAGGUUAUGGAGAAGCUUUCCCCUUAUUAACUAACUUAGAUGAAGUUCAUGGUAGUUCACCUUGGGGAUCAGGUACUUUUGCCGGAGCUGAUGGGUCUAGAUCAACCACUGAAUUAGAAAAGAAAAUUCACCAUAUUCAAGGUAAGUCAUUCUAUAAAGUUGCCAGUAAAUUGGCUUAA